ACAGCUGAGUUUUACACAGUAACAUCUGAAACAGCUGAGUUUUACACAGUAAAAUCUGAGUUUUACACAAGCAACAGCUGGAACAGCUGAUCAGUGCGUUCAUCCGAAUGAGACAAACCUGCAUGCACAGGCCAAUAUAAACCGCUGGGAGGUAGCUAGUCAUACCACGACAAAAUCAUUUUAAUAGGAUUUUGUCUUCUCUAGUUUGUACAUCAUCGGCUGUGUAACACGCAACUAAGAUGAACUUCAGCUCUGUCGCCCGUCUUAGUAGCCAAGAAAAUGUUCUGGCCUCAAAUAGGAUGGAUUCAUCCCGUAUGGACAGGGCUAAACAGAGGACUAUACUCGGCGUUUUAACAGAAAACGAACAACACAGUCGAUCUUUUGGUCAGGGAGUAAUUUUUUCCAAACGUGGCUCUAUUUUGGACAACUCCCACACCAAUCUCCUGGGUUGUCCCUCAAGCUCUAGCGCUGACAUCUAUGUGGAUGAGCCAUGUGAGGUCGUCAUCCCAGCCUCUGGUGAACUAGUGGCUGCAGAGCCUCAGGUGGUGGAUGAGGAAACUGCUGCUAUGCAACAUAGAGAUUUGCGUCUCUUCCUGGACCUGAGCUCAGGGUCAUGCAUGGACACCUCUAUGCAGUCGCUUCCAGAUAACGAGGCUCUCACCACUCAGAAUGCCAUGUGUCUGGCAGAAUAUUCUGAGGACAUCCACAAACACUUACGCAAGAGUGAAAUUAAGUGCCAUCCGAAGUCUGGCUACAUGCGGAAGCAGCCGGAUAUCACCAACUGCAUGCGUGUCAUCCUGGUGGACUGGCUGGUGGAGGUCGGCCAGGAGUACAAGCUGUGUGGGGAGACGAUCUACCUGGCUGUCAACUACAUGGACCGCUUCCUCUCCUGCAUGUCUGUACUCCGGGGCAAGCUGCAGCUGGUGGGCACCGCUGCACUGCUGCUGGCUGCUAAAUACGAGGAGAUCUACCCUCCGGAGGUGGAUGACUUUGUGUACAUCACAGAUGACACUUACACCAAGAAGCAGCUGCUUCGUAUGGAACACUUCCUGCUGAAGGUGUUGGCCUUCGACAUGACCGCCCCCACCACACACCAGUUCCUCCGCCAUCUCCUCACCGUCCAAGCAGUUUGCUUCAAGACCGAGAGCCUUGCCCUGUAUGUGGCAGAGCUGAGCAUGUUGGAAGUGGAUCCAUUCCUGCACUACUUCCCCUCUAUGGUGGCGGCUGCUGCUUUCUGUCUGGCCAACUACACCCUCAACAGGUCCCUCUGGCCUGACGCCCUGUACACCUUCACUGGCUACACCCUGGCAGAGAUUGUACCCUGCCUCAAGGACCUCCACAAGAUGUACCUCAGUGCCUACAGUCGCCCCCAACAGGCCAUCAGGGAGAAGUACAAGGGCUCAAAGUUUGGCAACGUGUCUAUGCUAAGUCCUCCUGGGGAUCUGCCUUUUUACUGAAGUUGCUGGGAAAUGACUGACAACACAGCUCUUAGCUCCCUCAGUAGAUGCCUACUGGAUAACUUAUUUGUAUUGCUUUUAAUCCUUUUUAAAUGAAUAUCUUAUUAACACUUUGUUCUAGCUAGCUAUUUGUGUAGGUAGCUAUCAAGUAAACCCAAUGAUAAUAGUAACUUGUUGACUUAACUCUAGAAUGCCUACAAGUGUUUUAGUACUAGUCUGUAAGCUCAGGAUUUAACCUAGACCUUUUUUAUUUUUCUAAACGGGUGGUUGAAUCUUUGUUUUUACUGUACGAAGUCAUUUUUUUGCUUUUGGUCACUGCCACACAAUCAUGGACCUCUGGCUGCAUCUUGUAUGUUGCAUCAUGUGAUUAAAGGAAACAAGUUGCCUACA